AUGGGCAACAGAAGUUGGAAUCGCUUUAUCGCAAUUGGUUGCGAAGGUUUUGAAUGCGGUGCUCUGCUCCCAACCCAUCGCUGUCAGGUGCUCUGCUCCCAACCCAUCGCUGUCAGGUGCUCUGCUCCCAACCCAUCGCUGUCAGGUGCUCUGCUCCCAACCCAUCGCUGUCAGGUGCUCUGCUCCCAACCCAUCGCUGUCAGGUGCUCUGCUCCCAACCCAUCGCUGUCAGGUGCUCUGCUCCCAACCCAUCGCUGUCAGGUGCUCUGCUCCCAACCCAUCGCUGUCAGGUGCUCUGCUCCCAACCCAUCGCUGUCAGGUGCUCUGCUCCCAACCCAUCGCUGUCAGGUGCUCUGCUCCCAACCCAUCGCUGUCAGGUGCUCUGCUCCCAACCCAUCGCUGUCAGGUGCUCUGCUCCCAACCCAUCGCUGUCAGGUGCUCUGCUCCCAACCCAUCGCUGUCAGGUGCUCUGCUCCCAACCCAUCGCUGUCAGGUGCUCUGCUCCCAACCCAUCGCUGUCAGGUGCUCUGCUCCCAACCCAUCGCUGUCAGGUGCUCUGCUCCCAACCCAUCGCUGUCAGGUGCUCUGCUCCCAACCCAUCGCUGUCAGGUGCUCUGCUCCCAACCCAUCGAUGUCAGGUGCUCUGCUCCCAACCCAUCGCUGUCAGGUGCUCUGCUCCCAACCCAUCGCUGUCAGGUGCUCUGCUCCCAACCCAUCGCUGUCAGGUGCUCUGCUCCCAACCCAUCGCUGUCAGGUGCUCUGCUCCCAACCCAUCGCUGUCAGGUGCUCUGCUCCCAACCCAUCGCUGUCAGGUGCUCUGCUCCCAACCCAUCGCUGUCAGGUGCUCUGCUCCCAACCCAUCGCUGUCAGGUGCUCUGCUCCCAACCCAUCGCUGUCAGGUGCUCUGCUCCCAACCCAUCGCUGUCAGGUGCUCUGCUCCCAACCCAUCGCUGUCAGGUGCUCUGCUCCCAACCCAUCGCUGUCAGGUGCUCUGCUCCCAACCCAUCGCUGUCAGGUGCUCUGCUCCCAACCCAUCGCUGUCAGGUGCUCUGCUCCCAACCCAUCGCUGUCAGGUGCUCUGCUCCCAACCCAUCGCUGUCAGGUGCUCUGCUCCCAACCCAUCGCUGUCAGGUGCUCUGCUCCCAACCCAUCGCUGUCAGGUGCUCUGCUCCCAACCCAUCGCUGUCAGGUGCUCUGCUCCCAACCCAUCGCUGUCAGGUGCUCUGCUCCCAACCCAUCGCUGUCAGGUGCUCUGCUCCCAACCCAUCGCUGUCAGGUGCUCUGCUCCCAACCCAUCGCUGUCAGGUGCUCUGCUCCCAACCCAUCGCUGUCAGGUGCUCUGCUCCCAACCCAUCGCUGUCAGGUGCUCUGCUCCCAACCCAUCGCUGUCAGGUGCUCUGCUCCCAACCCAUCGCUGUCAGGUGCUCUGCUCCCAACCCAUCGCUGUCAGGUGCUCUGCUCCCAACCCAUCGCUGUCAGGUGCUCUGCUCCCAACCCAUCGCUGUCAGGUGCUCUGCUCCCAACCCAUCGCUGUCAGGUGCUCUGCUCCCAACCCAUCGCUGUCAGGUGCUCUGCUCCCAACCCAUCGCUGUCAGGUGCUCUGCUCCCAACCCAUCGCUGUCAGGUGCUCUGCUCCCAACCCAUCGCUGUCAGGUGCUCUGCUCCCAACCCAUCGCUGUCAGGUGCUCUGCUCCCAACCCAUCGCUGUCAGGUGCUCUGCUCCCAACCCAUCGCUGUCAGGUGCUCUGCUCCCAACCCAUCGCUGUCAGGUGCUCUGCUCCCAACCCAUCGCUGUCAGGUGCUCUGCUCCCAACCCAUCGCUGUCAGGUGCUCUGCUCCCAACCCAUCGCUGUCAGGUGCUCUGCUCCCAACCCAUCGCUGUCAGGUGCUCUGCUCCCAACCCAUCGCUGUCAGGUGCUCUGCUCCCAACCCAUCGCUGUCAGGUGCUCUGCUCCCAACCCAUCGCUGUCAGGUGCUCUGCUCCCAACCCAUCGCUGUCAGGUGCUCUGCUCCCAACCCAUCGCUGUCAGGUGCUCUGCUCCCAACCCAUCGCUGUCAGGUGCUCUGCUCCCAACCCAUCGCUGUCAGGUGCUCUGCUCCCAACCCAUCGCUGUCAGGUGCUCUGCUCCCAACCCAUCGCUGUCAGGUGCUCUGCUCCCAACCCAUCGCUGUCAGGUGCUCUGCUCCCACUCCAUCGCUGUCAGGUGCUCUGCUCCCAACCCAUCGCUGUCAGGUGCUCUGCUCCCAACCCAUCGCUGUCAGGUGCUCUGCUCCCAACCCAUCGAUGUCAGGUGCUCUGCUCCCAACCCAUCGCUGUCAGGUGCUCUGCUCCCAACCCAUCGCUGUCAGGUGCUCUGCUCCCAACCCAUCGCUGUCAGGUGCUCUGCUCCCAACCCAUCGCUGUCAGGUGCUCUGCUCCCAACCCAUCGCUGUCAGGUGCUCUGCUCCCAACCCAUCGCUGUCAGGUGCUCUGCUCCCAACCCAUCGCUGUCAGGUGCUCUGCUCCCAACCCAUCGCUGUCAGGUGCUCUGCUCCCAACCCAUCGCUGUCAGGUGCUCUGCUCCCAACCCAUCGCUGUCAGGUGCUCUGCUCCCAACCCAUCGCUGUCAGGUGCUCUGCUCCCAACCCAUCGCUGUCAGGUGCUCUGCUCCCAACCCAUCGCUGUCAGGUGCUCUGCUCCCAACCCAUCGCUGUCAGGUGCUCUGCUCCCAACCCAUCGCUGUCAGGUGCUCUGCUCCCAACCCAUCGCUGUCAGGUGCUCUGCUCCCAACCCAUCGCUGUCAGGUGCUCUGCUCCCAACCCAUCGCUGUCAGGUGCUCUGCUCCCAACCCAUCGCUGUCAGGUGCUCUGCUCCCAACCCAUCGCUGUCAGGUGCUCUGCUCCCAACCCAUCGCUGUCAGGUGCUCUGCUCCCAACCCAUCGCUGUCAGGUGCUCUGCUCCCAACCCAUCGCUGUCAGGUGCUCUGCUCCCAACCCAUCGCUGUCAGGUGCUCUGCUCCCAACCCAUCGCUGUCAGGUGCUCUGCUCCCAACCCAUCGCUGUCAGGUGCUCUGCUCCCAACCCAUCGCUGUCAGGUGCUCUGCUCCCAACCCAUCGCUGUCAGGUGCUCUGCUCCCAACCCAUCGCUGUCAGGUGCUCUGCUCCCAACCCAUCGCUGUCAGGUGCUCUGCUCCCAACCCAUCGCUGUCAGGUGCUCUGCUCCCAACCCAUCGCUGUCAGGUGCUCUGCUCCCAACCCAUCGCUGUCAGGUGCUCUGCUCCCAACCCAUCGCUGUCAGGUGCUCUGCUCCCAACCCAUCGCUGUCAGGUGCUCUGCUCCCAACCCAUCGCUGUCAGGUGCUCUGCUCCCAACCCAUCGCUGUCAGGUGCUCUGCUCCCAACCCAUCGCUGUCAGGUGCUCUGCUCCCAACCCAUCGCUGUCAGGUGCUCUGCUCCCAACCCAUCGCUGUCAGGUGCUCUGCUCCCAACCCAUCGCUGUCAGGUGCUCUGCUCCCAACCCAUCGCUGUCAGGUGCUCUGCUCCCAACCCAUCGCUGUCAGGUGCUCUGCUCCCAACCCAUCGCUGUCAGGUGCUCUGCUCCCAACCCAUCGCUGUCAGGUGCUCUGCUCCCAACCCAUCGCUGUCAGGUGCUCUGCUCCCAACCCAUCGCUGUCAGGUGCUCUGCUCCCAACCCAUCGCUGUCAGGUGCUCUGCUCCCAACCCAUCGCUGUCAGGUGCUCUGCUCCCAACCCAUCGCUGUCAGGUGCUCUGCUCCCAACCCAUCGCUGUCAGGUGCUCUGCUCCCAACCCAUCGCUGUCAGGUGCUCUGCUCCCAACCCAUCGCUGUCAGGUGCUCUGCUCCCACUCCAUCGCUGUCAGGUGCUCUGCUCCCAACCCAUCGCUGUCAGGUGCUCUGCUCCCAACCCAUCGCUGUCAGGUGCUCUGCUCCCAACCCAUCGCUGUCAGGUGCUCUGCUCCCAACCCAUCGCUGUCAGGUGCUCUGCUCCCAACCCAUCGCUGUCAGGUGCUCUGCUCCCAACCCAUCGCUGUCAGGUGCUCUGCUCCCAACCCAUCGCUGUCAGGUGCUCUGCUCCCAACCCAUCGCUGUCAGGUGCUCUGCUCCCAACCCAUCGCUGUCAGGUGCUCUGCUCCCAACCCAUCGCUGUCAGGUGCUCUGCUCCCAACCCAUCGCUGUCAGGUGCUCUGCUCCCAACCCAUCGCUGUCAGGUGCUCUGCUCCCAACCCAUCGCUGUCAGGUGCUCUGCUCCCAACCCAUCGCUGUCAGGUGCUCUGCUCCCAACCCAUCGCUGUCAGGUGCUCUGCUCCCAACCCAUCGCUGUCAGGUGCUCUGCUCCCAACCCAUCGCUGUCAGGUGCUCUGCUCCCAACCCAUCGCUGUCAGGUGCUCUGCUCCCAACCCAUCGCUGUCAGGUGCUCUGCUCCCAACCCAUCGCUGUCAGGUGCUCUGCUCCCAACCCAUCGCUGUCAGGUGCUCUGCUCCCAACCCAUCGCUGUCAGGUGCUCUGCUCCCAACCCAUCGGUGUCAGGUGCUCUGCUCCCACCCCAUCGCUGUCAGGUGCUCUGCUCCCAACCCAUCGCUGUCAGGUGCUCUGCUCCCAACCCAUCGCUGUCAGGUGCUCUGCUCCCAACCCAUCGCUGUCAGGUGCUCUGCUCCCAACCCAUCGCUGUCAGGUGCUCUGCUCCCAACCCAUCGCUGUCAGGUGCUCUGCUCCCAACCCAUCGCUGUCAGGUGCUCUGCUCCCAACCCAUCGCUGUCAGGUGCUCUGCUCCCAACCCAUCGCUGUCAGGUGCUCUGCUCCCAACCCAUCGCUGUCAGGUGCUCUGCUCCCAACCCAUCGCUGUCAGGUGCUCUGCUCCCAACCCAUCGCUGUCAGGUGCUCUGCUCCCAACCCAUCGCUGUCAGGUGCUCUGCUCCCAACCCAUCGCUGUCAGGUGCUCUGCUCCCAACCCAUCGCUGUCAGGUGCUCUGCUCCCAACCCAUCGCUGUCAGGUGCUCUGCUCCCAACCCAUCGCUGUCAGGUGCUCUGCUCCCAACCCAUCGCUGUCAGGUGCUCUGCUCCCAACCCAUCGCUGUCAGGUGCUCUGCUCCCAACCCAUCGCUGUCAGGUGCUCUGCUCCCAACCCAUCGCUGUCAGGUGCUCUGCUCCCAACCCAUCGCUGUCAGGUGCUCUGCUCCCAACCCAUCGCUGUCAGGUGCUCUGCUCCCAACCCAUCGCUGUCAGGUGCUCUGCUCCCAACCCAUCGCUGUCAGGUGCUCUGCUCCCAACCCAUCGCUGUCAGGUGCUCUGCUCCCAACCCAUCGCUGUCAGGUGCUCUGCUCCCAACCCAUCGCUGUCAGGUGCUCUGCUCCCAACCCAUCGCUGUCAGGUGCUCUGCUCCCAACCCAUCGCUGUCAGGUGCUCUGCUCCCAACCCAUCGCUGUCAGGUGCUCUGCUCCCAACCCAUCGCUGUCAGGUGCUCUGCUCCCAACCCAUCGCUGUCAGGUGCUCUGCUCCCAACCCAUCGCUGUCAGGUGCUCUGCUCCCAACCCAUCGCUGUCAGGUGCUCUGCUCCCAACCCAUCGCUGUCAGGUGCUCUGCUCCCAACCCAUCGCUGUCAGGUGCUCUGCUCCCAACCCAUCGCUGUCAGGUGCUCUGCUCCCAACCCAUCGCUGUCAGGUGCUCUGCUCCCAACCCAUCGCUGUCAGGUGCUCUGCUCCCAACCCAUCGCUGUCAGGUGCUCUGCUCCCAACCCAUCGCUGUCAGGUGCUCUGCUCCCAACCCAUCGCUGUCAGGUGCUCUGCUCCCAACCCAUCGCUGUCAGGUGCUCUGCUCCCAACCCAUCGCUGUCAGGUGCUCUGCUCCCAACCCAUCGCUGUCAGGUGCUCUGCUCCCAACCCAUCGCUGUCAGGUGCUCUGCUCCCAACCCAUCGCUGUCAGGUGCUCUGCUCCCAACCCAUCGCUGUCAGGUGCUCUGCUCCCAACCCAUCGCUGUCAGGUGCUCUGCUCCCAACCCAUCGCUGUCAGGUGCUCUGCUCCCAACCCAUCGCUGUCAGGUGCUCUGCUCCCAACCCAUCGCUGUCAGGUGCUCUGCUCCCAACCCAUCGCUGUCAGGUGCUCUGCUCCCAACCCAUCGCUGUCAGGUGCUCUGCUCCCAACCCAUCGCUGUCAGGUGCUCUGCUCCCAACCCAUCGCUGUCAGGUGCUCUGCUCCCAACCCAUCGCUGUCAGGUGCUCUGCUCCCAACCCAUCGCUGUCAGGUGCUCUGCUCCCAACCCAUCGCUGUCAGGUGCUCUGCUCCCAACCCAUCGCUGUCAGGUGCUCUGCUCCCAACCCAUCGCUGUCAGGUGCUCUGCUCCCAACCCAUCGCUGUCAGGUGCUCUGCUCCCAACCCAUCGCUGUCAGGUGCUCUGCUCCCAACCCAUCGCUGUCAGGUGCUCUGCUCCCAACCCAUCGCUGUCAGGUGCUCUGCUCCCAACCCAUCGCUGUCAGGUGCUCUGCUCCCAACCCAUCGCUGUCAGGUGCUCUGCUCCCAACCCAUCGCUGUCAGGUGCUCUGCUCCCAACCCAUCGCUGUCAGGUGCUCUGCUCCCAACCCAUCGCUGUCAGGUGCUCUGCUCCCAACCCAUCGCUGUCAGGUGCUCUGCUCCCAACCCAUCGCUGUCAGGUGCUCUGCUCCCAACCCAUCGCUGUCAGGUGCUCUGCUCCCAACCCAUCGCUGUCAGGUGCUCUGCUCCCAACCCAUCGCUGUCAGGUGCUCUGCUCCCAACCCAUCGCUGUCAGGUGCUCUGCUCCCAACCCAUCGCUGUCAGGUGCUCUGCUCCCAACCCAUCGCUGUCAGGUGCUCUGCUCCCAACCCAUCGCUGUCAGGUGCUCUGCUCCCAACCCAUCGCUGUCAGGUGCUCUGCUCCCAACCCAUCGCUGUCAGGUGCUCUGCUCCCAACCCAUCGCUGUCAGGUGCUCUGCUCCCAACCCAUCGCUGUCAGGUGCUCUGCUCCCAACCCAUCGCUGUCAGGUGCUCUGCUCCCAACCCAUCGCUGUCAGGUGCUCUGCUCCCAACCCAUCGCUGUCAGGUGCUCUGCUCCCAACCCAUCGCUGUCAGGUGCUCUGCUCCCAACCCAUCGCUGUCAGGUGCUCUGCUCCCAACCCAUCGCUGUCAGGUGCUCUGCUCCCAACCCAUCGCUGUCAGGUGCUCUGCUCCCAACCCAUCGCUGUCAGGUGCUCUGCUCCCAACCCAUCGCUGUCAGGUGCUCUGCUCCCAACCCAUCGCUGUCAGGUGCUCUGCUCCCAACCCAUCGCUGUCAGGUGCUCUGCUCCCAACCCAUCGCUGUCAGGUGCUCUGCUCCCAACCCAUCGCUGUCAGGUGCUCUGCUCCCAACCCAUCGCUGUCAGGUGCUCUGCUCCCAACCCAUCGCUGUCAGGUGCUCUGCUCCCAACCCAUCGCUGUCAGGUGCUCUGCUCCCAACCCAUCGCUGUCAGGUGCUCUGCUCCCAACCCAUCGCUGUCAGGUGCUCUGCUCCCAACCCAUCGCUGUCAGGUGCUCUGCUCCCAACCCAUCGCUGUCAGGUGCUCUGCUCCCAACCCAUCGCUGUCAGGUGCUCUGCUCCCAACCCAUCGCUGUCAGGUGCUCUGCUCCCAACCCAUCGCUGUCAGGUGCUCUGCUCCCAACCCAUCGCUGUCAGGUGCUCUGCUCCCAACCCAUCGCUGUCAGGUGCUCUGCUCCCAACCCAUCGCUGUCAGGUGCUCUGCUCCCAACCCAUCGCUGUCAGGUGCUCUGCUCCCAACCCAUCGCUGUCAGGUGCUCUGCUCCCAACCCAUCGCUGUCAGGUGCUCUGCUCCCAACCCAUCGCUGUCAGGUGCUCUGCUCCCAACCCAUCGCUGUCAGGUGCUCUGCUCCCAACCCAUCGCUGUCAGGUGCUCUGCUCCCAACCCAUCGCUGUCAGGUGCUCUGCUCCCAACCCAUCGCUGUCAGGUGCUCUGCUCCCAACCCAUCGCUGUCAGGUGCUCUGCUCCCAACCCAUCGCUGUCAGGUGCUCUGCUCCCAACCCAUCGCUGUCAGGUGCUCUGCUCCCAACCCAUCGCUGUCAGGUGCUCUGCUCCCAACCCAUCGCUGUCAGGUGCUCUGCUCCCAACCCAUCGCUGUCAGGUGCUCUGCUCCCAACCCAUCGCUGUCAGGUGCUCUGCUCCCAACCCAUCGCUGUCAGGUGCUCUGCUCCCAACCCAUCGCUGUCAGGUGCUCUGCUCCCAACCCAUCGCUGUCAGGUGCUCUGCUCCCAACCCAUCGCUGUCAGGUGCUCUGCUCCCAACCCAUCGCUGUCAGGUGCUCUGCUCCCAACCCAUCGCUGUCAGGUGCUCUGCUCCCAACCCAUCGCUGUCAGGUGCUCUGCUCCCAACCCAUCGCUGUCAGGUGCUCUGCUCCCAACCCAUCGCUGUCAGGUGCUCUGCUCCCAACCCAUCGCUGUCAGGUGCUCUGCUCCCAACCCAUCGCUGUCAGGUGCUCUGCUCCCAACCCAUCGCUGUCAGGUGCUCUGCUCCCAACCCAUCGCUGUCAGGUGCUCUGCUCCCAACCCAUCGCUGUCAGGUGCUCUGCUCCCAACCCAUCGCUGUCAGGUGCUCUGCUCCCAACCCAUCGCUGUCAGGUGCUCUGCUCCCAACCCAUCGCUGUCAGGUGCUCUGCUCCCAACCCAUCGCUGUCAGGUGCUCUGCUCCCAACCCAUCGCUGUCAGGUGCUCUGCUCCCAACCCAUCGCUGUCAGGUGCUCUGCUCCCAACCCAUCGCUGUCAGGUGCUCUGCUCCCAACCCAUCGCUGUCAGGUGCUCUGCUCCCAACCCAUCGCUGUCAGGUGCUCUGCUCCCAACCCAUCGCUGUCAGGUGCUCUGCUCCCAACCCAUCGCUGUCAGGUGCUCUGCUCCCAACCCAUCGCUGUCAGGUGCUCUGCUCCCAACCCAUCGCUGUCAGGUGCUCUGCUCCCAACCCAUCGCUGUCAGGUGCUCUGCUCCCAACCCAUCGCUGUCAGGUGCUCUGCUCCCAACCCAUCGCUGUCAGGUGCUCUGCUCCCAACCCAUCGCUGUCAGGUGCUCUGCUCCCAACCCAUCGCUGUCAGGUGCUCUGCUCCCAACCCAUCGCUGUCAGGUGCUCUGCUCCCAACCCAUCGCUGUCAGGUGCUCUGCUCCCAACCCAUCGCUGUCAGGUGCUCUGCUCCCAACCCAUCGCUGUCAGGUGCUCUGCUCCCAACCCAUCGCUGUCAGGUGCUCUGCUCCCAACCCAUCGCUGUCAGGUGCUCUGCUCCCAACCCAUCGCUGUCAGGUGCUCUGCUCCCAACCCAUCGCUGUCAGGUGCUCUGCUCCCAACCCAUCGCUGUCAGGUGCUCUGCUCCCAACCCAUCGCUGUCAGGUGCUCUGCUCCCAACCCAUCGCUGUCAGGUGCUCUGCUCCCAACCCAUCGCUGUCAGGUGCUCUGCUCCCAACCCAUCGCUGUCAGGUGCUCUGCUCCCAACCCAUCGCUGUCAGGUGCUCUGCUCCCAACCCAUCGCUGUCAGGUGCUCUGCUCCCAACCCAUCGCUGUCAGGUGCUCUGCUCCCAACCCAUCGCUGUCAGGUGCUCUGCUCCCAACCCAUCGCUGUCAGGUGCUCUGCUCCCAACCCAUCGCUGUCAGGUGCUCUGCUCCCAACCCAUCGCUGUCAGGUGCUCUGCUCCCAACCCAUCGCUGUCAGGUGCUCUGCUCCCAACCCAUCGCUGUCAGGUGCUCUGCUCCCAACCCAUCGCUGUCAGGUGCUCUGCUCCCAACCCAUCGCUGUCAGGUGCUCUGCUCCCAACCCAUCGCUGUCAGGUGCUCUGCUCCCAACCCAUCGCUGUCAGGUGCUCUGCUCCCAACCCAUCGCUGUCAGGUGCUCUGCUCCCAACCCAUCGCUGUCAGGUGCUCUGCUCCCAACCCAUCGCUGUCAGGUGCUCUGCUCCCAACCCAUCGCUGUCAGGUGCUCUGCUCCCAACCCAUCGCUGUCAGGUGCUCUGCUCCCAACCCAUCGCUGUCAGGUGCUCUGCUCCCAACCCAUCGCUGUCAGGUGCUCUGCUCCCAACCCAUCGCUGUCAGGUGCUCUGCUCCCAACCCAUCGCUGUCAGGUGCUCUGCUCCCAACCCAUCGCUGUCAGGUGCUCUGCUCCCAACCCAUCGCUGUCAGGUGCUCUGCUCCCAACCCAUCGCUGUCAGGUGCUCUGCUCCCAACCCAUCGCUGUCAGGUGCUCUGCUCCCAACCCAUCGCUGUCAGGUGCUCUGCUCCCAACCCAUCGCUGUCAGGUGCUCUGCUCCCAACCCAUCGCUGUCAGGUGCUCUGCUCCCAACCCAUCGCUGUCAGGUGCUCUGCUCCCAACCCAUCGCUGUCAGGUGCUCUGCUCCCAACCCAUCGCUGUCAGGUGCUCUGCUCCCAACCCAUCGCUGUCAGGUGCUCUGCUCCCAACCCAUCGCUGUCAGGUGCUCUGCUCCCAACCCAUCGCUGUCAGGUGCUCUGCUCCCAACCCAUCGCUGUCAGGUGCUCUGCUCCCAACCCAUCGCUGUCAGGUGCUCUGCUCCCAACCCAUCGCUGUCAGGUGCUCUGCUCCCAACCCAUCGCUGUCAGGUGCUCUGCUCCCAACCCAUCGCUGUCAGGUGCUCUGCUCCCAACCCAUCGCUGUCAGGUGCUCUGCUCCCAACCCAUCGCUGUCAGGUGCUCUGCUCCCAACCCAUCGCUGUCAGGUGCUCUGCUCCCAACCCAUCGCUGUCAGGUGCUCUGCUCCCAACCCAUCGCUGUCAGGUGCUCUGCUCCCAACCCAUCGCUGUCAGGUGCUCUGCUCCCAACCCAUCGCUGUCAGGUGCUCUGCUCCCAACCCAUCGCUGUCAGGUGCUCUGCUCCCAACCCAUCGCUGUCAGGUGCUCUGCUCCCAACCCAUCGCUGUCAGGUGCUCUGCUCCCAACCCAUCGCUGUCAGGUGCUCUGCUCCCAACCCAUCGCUGUCAGGUGCUCUGCUCCCAACCCAUCGCUGUCAGGUGCUCUGCUCCCAACCCAUCGCUGUCAGGUGCUCUGCUCCCAACCCAUCGCUGUCAGGUGCUCUGCUCCCAACCCAUCGCUGUCAGGUGCUCUGCUCCCAACCCAUCGCUGUCAGGUGCUCUGCUCCCAACCCAUCGCUGUCAGGUGCUCUGCUCCCAACCCAUCGCUGUCAGGUGCUCUGCUCCCAACCCAUCGCUGUCAGGUGCUCUGCUCCCAACCCAUCGCUGUCAGGUGCUCUGCUCCCAACCCAUCGCUGUCAGGUGCUCUGCUCCCAACCCAUCGCUGUCAGGUGCUCUGCUCCCAACCCAUCGCUGUCAGGUGCUCUGCUCCCAACCCAUCGCUGUCAGGUGCUCUGCUCCCAACCCAUCGCUGUCAGGUGCUCUGCUCCCAACCCAUCGCUGUCAGGUGCUCUGCUCCCAACCCAUCGCUGUCAGGUGCUCUGCUCCCAACCCAUCGCUGUCAGGUGCUCUGCUCCCAACCCAUCGCUGUCAGGUGCUCUGCUCCCAACCCAUCGCUGUCAGGUGCUCUGCUCCCAACCCAUCGCUGUCAGGUGCUCUGCUCCCAACCCAUCGCUGUCAGGUGCUCUGCUCCCAACCCAUCGCUGUCAGGUGCUCUGCUCCCAACCCAUCGCUGUCAGGUGCUCUGCUCCCAACCCAUCGCUGUCAGGUGCUCUGCUCCCAACCCAUCGCUGUCAGGUGCUCUGCUCCCAACCCAUCGCUGUCAGGUGCUCUGCUCCCAACCCAUCGCUGUCAGGUGCUCUGCUCCCAACCCAUCGCUGUCAGGUGCUCUGCUCCCAACCCAUCGCUGUCAGGUGCUCUGCUCCCAACCCAUCGCUGUCAGGUGCUCUGCUCCCAACCCAUCGCUGUCAGGUGCUCUGCUCCCAACCCAUCGCUGUCAGGUGCUCUGCUCCCAACCCAUCGCUGUCAGGUGCUCUGCUCCCAACCCAUCGCUGUCAGGUGCUCUGCUCCCAACCCAUCGCUGUCAGGUGCUCUGCUCCCAACCCAUCGCUGUCAGGUGCUCUGCUCCCAACCCAUCGCUGUCAGGUGCUCUGCUCCCAACCCAUCGCUGUCAGGUGCUCUGCUCCCAACCCAUCGCUGUCAGGUGCUCUGCUCCCAACCCAUCGCUGUCAGGUGCUCUGCUCCCAACCCAUCGCUGUCAGGUGCUCUGCUCCCAACCCAUCGCUGUCAGGUGCUCUGCUCCCAACCCAUCGCUGUCAGGUGCUCUGCUCCCAACCCAUCGCUGUCAGGUGCUCUGCUCCCAACCCAUCGCUGUCAGGUGCUCUGCUCCCAACCCAUUGUCCUCACCUCUCUCUCGCUUUUCAGGUGA